AUGUCAGACAGCGAGUCGGAGAAAAAGACGGUUCGGCUCGAGCCCGUGUUACGCGACAUGAAGAUUGAGGAAGGGCAACCCCACGUGGCUGAGAGCGAGGAUGCGAAGGUGAAGUUGGAAGACGAUCGGCUCGGACGUACACCGACCCCCAUGUCUAUCCCAUCAAAAACCAAGUCUCGGUCUACAUCUCACUCUCCCGUCAAGCGAAGCCCGAGUUCUUCAACGCCCGUGGAUGAGAAGCAGGAGGAGAUUGUUGGUGGGGAGGUCACAUUGAAGAUGGAACCAGGCAAAGCACCCAAAUUGACGCGUAAAGCCUCGCAGAAGGUUGUGUCAAAGCCGCCACCACUAUACUUGGACUUGCCCGAUGUUACCGAGGAAGCACAGAAAUUAUUCAGUGUGCUCACUGAGUGCACGUAUGGCAAUAAGUCGCUAGGCACAACAGAGCCUGCACUUGAAUGCGAUUGUUCGGAAGAGUGGGAUGCAGAAGAUGGGGUCAACAGGGCUUGUGGCGAGGAUUCCGACUGUAUCAACCGCGCGACGAAGAUGGAAUGUAUAGUGGACUGCGGCUGCGGGGCGGCGUGCGAGAAUCGCCGAUUCCAACAAAAGCAGUAUGCCAACGUGACUGUCAUGAAAACGGACAAAAAAGGGUUUGGAUUGAGGGCCAAUACUAACCUCAAGCCUGGCGAAUUCGUUUUCGAAUACAUCGGCGAGGUCAUCAACGAGCAAAAUUUUCGCCGCCGAAUGAUCCAGUACGAUCAAGAAGGUAUCAAGCACUUCUACUUCAUGUCUCUCACGAAAGGCGAAUUUGUCGAUGCGACAAAGAAGGGCAACCUUGGACGAUUUUGCAAUCACUCGUGCAACCCGAAUUGCUACGUAGACAAAUGGGUCGUGGGUGACAAGUUGCGUAUGGGCAUCUUCGCCGAGCGUAAGAUCAAGGCAGGGGAGGAGCUAGUUUUCAACUACAACGUUGACCGGUAUGGCGCCGAUCCGCAGCCAUGUUAUUGCGGUGAACCGAAUUGCACGGGAUAUAUUGGCGGAAAGACUCAGACCGACAAUGCUACGAACCUCUCGCACGCAACGAUUGAAGCGCUUGGUAUCGAUGACGGGGAUGGCUGGGACACGGCUACUGCGAGGAAACCUCGCAAGAAGAAGGCCAGUGAGGACGAUGAGGAGUACGUCAACAAUAUACAACCUAGGAGUUUGGAAGAGAACGGAGUGCAAAAGGUCAUGGCCGCUCUUCGACAGUGCAACGAGAAAUGGGUGGCUGUCAAGCUUUUGAGUCGCAUCCAGCGGACCGACGACGAAAAGGUUGGCCAUCGUGUCAUUCGCAUGCAUGGCUAUCUCAUCUUCAAGAUGACUCUGACCGCAUGGAGGGACGAUACCAAUAUUGUCCUGCAAGUGCUUGACAUUCUCUAUAACCUGCCUCGAAUCACGAAAAACAAGAUUCAAGACUCUGGCAUAGAGGAAACCAUUGAGAGCCUGAAAUCAUAUGACGAUGAACGGGUGCAGUCUGAAGCUACAAAACUACUAGAAGCUUGGAGCAAACUCCAGAUUGCGUACCGAAUCCCACGCAUGAAGCGAGAUCCCAAUGCCAGUACACCAGCGCGCCGGGAGAACCAUUUUGAGCGUCGCGAGCGGGGCCGGGAACGAUCUCGUUCAAGAUCCACCUCCCCUGUGAAAGAUGCGCCUAAAGGACCAUCAUCGAUCCCGAUCGGGCCCCGUGGCUUUAAUGCCCCCAGAAAUCCGGCAUCAUUCAGUGGCCCUCGCCCGCCGUUCCGUCCACGACCACAUUUGAACCCGCUGCCUGCGGGUUGGUUUCAAGCCACGUCAGAGAACGGUUCUACUUAUUAUUACAAUUCAGCAGGUGACACUCAAUGGACAAGACCAAUACAAGCUACCACGCAAACUCAACCGUCGAAAUCCAAAUCCAAUGAGCAAAGAUUGCAAGAGAUUAUUUCAAGCAUUACCCAAACUUCGUCAACACCCGUCGCCACUUCUGCAUCAACCACACCGCAGCCUGUCGAUGAUUAUAAGCACGGAAAGCAAGCCAAGAAAGAGAAAUGGAAAAGUCUGCCCCAGGAGAAGCAGGAGAAGCUUUACGAACGCACCCUCGCACCUCACGUUAUGAAUGUAGUCUCCCACUACCGUAAGAAGCUGGAGAAGGAUGACCUGAAGAGACUGUCGAAAGAAGUCGCAAAGAAGCUCGUCCGGGGUGAUUACAAACACAACAAAGUCAAAGAUCCAACGGCAAAAUUAGACUCCAAGCACGAGAAGACGGUGAAGAAGUUCGUGAAGGAUUACAUGGACAAGGCCGUCGUGAAAAAGGAGGCGAAGGACAAGGAGAGGGCAGCUAAAGCAGAGAGAAGAGCAAAAGAGAAAGCUGCUGGCAAGGUUCCUGCAGAGGCUUCACCAGAAUCUCCAAAGAAAGAGGAAGCACCCGAGAGGGCAGACUCAGACGAUGAGAUGAUUGGUCUAUCAGAUGACGAAGAUGCUCUCGCCGCGGAUUUGAAGCGAAAACGGGAAGAGGAUUAUGAGGUUGCUUCGCCGAAGAAACUCAGACCCGAUGCUGUUCCAGCUCCGCCGCCACCACCCCCGCCCCCAGCCGAGGAUAUGCCCCAAGAUAUCGAGGGUGCACAUCUCACACCAAUAGAAUACGCCGAUCCGUUCACCAUUGCUGCGAUGAGUGGAAGCCCUUCGACUGAACUAUUACCUGAUCGUUUGAAGAAUGGGGCAGAGAGCCCCAUGCAGCUCGCAACACCACCAACAACCAUGAAC